AUGUCGUCGUCUGAGCAAGAGCUCCAGAUCCACCCCAUCGUACAGGAGUCGGUCGUCCACAAUGCGAAGACGCUCUCCAACUUUCACAGCCUCACGGCCUCCCUGUUCGGUGUAACCGCUGGCAUCCUCGGCCUCGAAUCCUAUGCCGGCUUCCUCCUCUACCUCGUCCUCUCCGUCAUCACCACCCUCCUUUUCUACGUCUUCCAGGUAGCGCCUGCCUCGCUUAGCGAAAAGAAACCCCUCUUCGAUACGACACGAUUCUUCAAGGGGGCGCUGGAUUUCUGGACGGGCGGCUUGUUCAGCGGCCUGUCCGGCUUUGUGCUGACUUGGACGCUCUUCUACGGCCUGGUACGGGUUUAG